CUGACUCUAUGAAUGGAGAGUAUAAGGGAAUACCGUCCACGUCUCUUCGCUUGGAAGCAUGACUUGCUUGCUUAGACAACAUCCAUGGAAUCACACGUCAGCCGGUGGCAUCUUGACAGCUCUGUGUUUACAAGAUAGAUUGAUCACAGAAGCACAGCAAUUCUAUGGAAAAGGCAAAAGGCCGUGACGAUCUUGAACUAACUCAUGCGGUUGACCACGACAUCUGUACGACAUCUUGGAAGCACAAGUCCACUAUCGUAGUAGUUAGUGGAGCAAGCGAAAGAGUUUUGACGAGUCUAAAGCCACUUGCCUGGCAAGGCUUGACCGGUCUUGAUGUCCGAAUGGAUAACGAGGCUCACUUCCAUGCACACCUGUGUUUCACUGACACCCGUGUAGCCUUUUUUCUUGAUGUGGAGAAGCAGGAAGCCAGCAUGUCCGACAUCUGCAUUUUGACUGCAAGCAACAAUCACCAAGUCUCCCUCGGAGAUGUCCAGAGUCGAGACGGACCCAGUCUUGCCAUGUUUGACGAACCAGUUGUGGCCGUCUUUCUGUGCGGUAGCGUCGUCAGUAUCAUAAGCAAAGCGAAAGUCUUUAUCGAUGCUGAUGCUCUGGUGAUUCUGCGACGUCUGAAGUCCAAAUUCAGCGAGCGAGACGCGGACGAAAGGAACAGGGCCAUUCCAAGAGCCCUUGUCAGUGAGCACCUUCAAGGUUUCAGGCAGUCCCCUUGUCGGCGCAAUGACGAGAUGACCGUUGACGGGCACGAUUGCACCAUCUUCGAACUUGUUGACAAAGGGAGCAAGAUCUGGGGAGUCCGUCGGAAUCGAAGCAGUCAGCUUGAACGGGCCUCUAUUGUCCAGCGAACCGGGUGGGAUCAGCUGGCUGAAGGCAGUGUGCGUGGCCCAGAGGAACACGAUAGUGGCAGGUGUGAUCAUAUUUCGCGAGGUCGAAUGAUGUUUUGUACGGCUGAUAAGGACUUCAGCUUGGAUAUGCACUGCCUUUAUAUGUGGAAAACCUGGGCGAGAAUCAAUCUGCUGACGUGUACUAAAGUCUAAGGAUAGUACCAUGUGGCUGUGCUGUCAGGCGGCCUAUUGGCUAGGCCUGAUGGCGAGCAUGAACGCACCCGAAUGUUGCACCUUAGCAGCGAUGUAAAUUUUGAAAAGCCAGGGGUAUAUGAUUUCUGCUGCACUGGAAUUUCUAGGGCAAGUAAAUGCACGCGACCAUGGUCUGCUGUCCACCGGAGUAGCCGUAGUAGACUCGCCAGACAACUUUGAUGUCACGACGUGGUAGGCUGGCUGUCUCAACGAAUGAUCAGACUGGAAGAAUGCUUAUAUUCAUCAUUUCUAUCGAUCGGACAGCAGGCCGUCAGCCAUAUUCGUGAAUUAUUUGCAGGCCCAUCCACAUGCUCAUAGACGGAGCGUAGCUCACAGACCAUGUGAUUGAGUUGAGUCACUUUGUUGUCAACAUACGAUUCAUGCUACCAUGCGGUUGCCAUGCUGUAGAGUUAGGUCUAGAACUACAUGGCCACAUGGCGGUAUUACUUC